GUCGCUGCGGUGCCUGUUCGCCCCUCCUCGGCUGAUGAGCUGCUCCGUCAACAACAACCACGCCGUCAGGCCACUUGUCUAGUGUUUUGGUCAUCCCUGGCCAGCAAUAAAGGGACUGUGGUGACGAACCCGUGACGGCCUCUCUCGGCCAAAAUCGCCGCGGCUAAACUACUCUUAUUGCCAAAGGUUCAUCGCGUAGAGCACCUAGUUAGUGUACCGUCUACCCAGGUAGGUAUGUAUCAUCGUCUCCGCACCAUAGAGUCGUCAACGUGGAGCAAACAUUGGAGACCCUGGCCAAGCCCUUGGUUCACUAGAGUGAAGACCCGCGGGGGGUCAUGCGUCACAUCAGCCAAAUGUCGUCCAUCGAGCCCAUCCACCUUGGUGAUUGGCAUCGUCUGCCUUUGCAUCUGCGUCCUACGACUGAUGCGAACGGCCACUGACCAACCCGCUGCCCAGCUGAGUUCUGCAUGCCGCACAUUUACAGUAGUUCGGCGCCCUGCCUACCCAUUUCACCGCCCUCAAUCCACUAGGCCAACCUUGAUGCUGUGUGUGGCCACUGCCUAUCUGCACAAUGCUGCACUGCAGUUGCCAGUACCUAGCGUACACACUGCACAACAAUGGCGGGUCAGCGUGGAAAGCAUUUGUCUCCGAAACUCCGUCACCCUAGCUAUGUGGCAAGCGAAAAUGAAGAACCCACACACAUCUGAGAGAGGGAGAGAGCCUCACGGUCUCUCCUAGCAGCCGGACUUUGUGUGUGUGGGUUUUGUAGUAGAGUUGGAGCAACUUGUUU